GCGGGGCCAAAUGGGACCCCGGAUGGAUGUCACAGGCAAAUAGUGCUCCUUGCUGGAAAGGGCAAUACUUAUAGAGCUAGCUAUAGAUAUCAUGGUUCCUCAUGCUCAAGCUCUUGCUUUUUUAUUGCUAACAAUCACAACAUUAAUUACAAAAGUGACUGCCCAAGUUGACCCUACCACAAGUAGACUAUGCAACAGUGCAACAAGAUGCAAUGAAUGUAUUAUAGCAGACCCAAGAUGCGUGUGGUGUGCUGAUCCAGAAUACAAUGGCAUUAUGAGAUGCUAUGUGAAUGGUGAUCCUGGAUUCACUUGCAACUCUCUACAAAACCCAGUGGGUACAGUAGUCACAGUUUCUACUCCUUCACUUGGUGAUAAUAAUCAAGUGACUCCUUCGCGAGUGAAUGUGACAUUCAGACCAGGAGCCCCUAUUUCCUUUCCGCUCACAGUUCAAUCAGCUCGUAACUUUCCUGUGGAUGUUUACCUCCUCAUGGACUUAUCUGCCUCCAUGAGGGAUGAUCUAGAAAACCUCAAAAGGCUUGGUUCUAGUGUGGCUGAUGAAAUUGCAGACAUCUCCUCUGACUUUAAGGUUGGAUUUGGUUCCUUUGUGGACAAGCGAGUGUCCCCAUAUGUGUCAUUGGAUGUUAAUCGUCAACUAGAUCCGUGUCUCGAUGGUUGUGUGAGCACCUACAGUUACAGGCAUCACGUGGAUCUGACUGAUGAUUCACAGUUCUUUGGUGCUCAAAUUGAUCGUGUAGCAAUCUCUGGAGGUCAAGAUACUCCUGAGGGUGGUUUCGAUGGAAUGCUCCAGUCUAUUGUUUGUACAGACUUAAUUGGAUGGAGAGAUGUAUCACGUAAGCUGCUUAUCUUCAUAACUGACGCUGGAUUCCAUAUAGCAGGAGACGGGAAGCUUGGGGGUGUAGUCCUGCCUAAUGACGGGUCAUGUAAGAUCAGUGGCACCACAGCACCUCAGGACUAUAACGACUGGAUCACUCUGGACUAUCCCUCCAUUGGGCAGAUUGCUCAGACCUUGAGAGCAAACGGAAUCAUCCCAAUAUUUGCAGCUCCAGCGAUAACACUGCCGGUUUAUCAGUCGUUGGUACGGGAAUUGGGAGAGGGGGCUUUCUCUGAAACACUAGAUAGAGAUUCUGGAAACAUUUUAGAUCUACUUCGGGACAGUUAUAAUAAUGUGUCUCAGAAGAUUGUUUUCGAUAGACAGCAGGUGCCAACAGGAGUCUCUGUGGAUAUCCAGCUAUCAAGUUGCCCAGGGCCAGUCGUGGGAGGUGUUUGCACUGGUGUUUUGAUUGAGAACAAUGCUACCUUUAAUGUGGUGGUCACACUACAAGAGUGCACUCCAGAUAACAGUGGCACUGUACAGGUUCCUAUUCGAGUGGUUGGCUUUGGAACUUUCAUUUUCAACUUGGAAACAAUCUGUACCUGUCCUUGUGACAAUGACACAUCUCUGAAUAGUCCAACCUGCAACAGCAAUGGAACACUGGGGUGUGGACAUUGUGACUGCAACCCUGGAAGAUUUGGAGAGUUCUGUCAAUGUGAUGCAACAGGACAGGGUGGUGUACAACAGAUGUGUCCACUUGGCCCCACUGAAGUUCAGUGUACUAGCACUGACAGAGGGAUGUGUGUGUGUGGGGAGUGUGUGUGUAAGAGGGAUCAAGCUGGUUUCUUAUUUUUUGGACCUGCUUGUGAGUGCAAUCGUGAUGACUGUCCCUCAUUCAAUGGAGAGCUGUGUUCUGGAAGGGGCGAGUGUACGUGUACUGGGUGUCGAUGCAAUGUGGAGCCUAGCACUCAGUUGCUAUAUACUGGAAAUGCGUGCGAAUGCUCGCCAGUUACUGAUUGUGUCGACCCUAACAACGCAUUGGAAAUAUGCAAUGGGCGCGGUACCUGCGAUUGUAGUGGGCAGUGUUAUUGUACGUUCCCCUACCUAGGAGAUUACUGCGAGUUGUGUUCAGGAAACACAAGCUGUCUAGAUAAUUUAUGCCACUCCAAUCGAGAGUGCACUGCCUGUGCAAUAGAACUUUUGGAUUUGUUCACCGAUGCAGCCACUUUUUUUUCAAUUGAAACUUUAACAACCCUGCCGAAUGAAACAACUCUCAAAUUUGACGCCACAACCAAGAAUUUUCAGCUUCAUCUGCCCCGUGGCUAUUGCCCAGAGAAUUGCUCUCAAGAUAUUGUUAUUAUCAGUGGAACUAAUGAUGUCGACUAUAUCAUCGAUAAUCAGAUGGCAACUCGCUGUGAGUAUAUCGGACCUACCUGUACCCAUCGUUACUAUGUAGCAGUCCACAAGAUACCUCUCCAGUUUACUGAUGUACACGUUGAGUUCAGACGAUAUUGCAGUCAAGUGUCAGCCUUAGUUCCUACUUGGGUUGCUGCUGUGGUCAGUGUCACUAUAACUGCCGUACUCUCUAUUGCUUUAAUAAUAAUGAUCAAGCUACUUAUUGUAACCAUGGACAAUUUUAUGAUUCGAAAGCUUGAUCAGCAAAUCUCAAGUAUUAGGGCUACGUUGGUUAUUCCAGAUGCACUAGAUCUUGUAGAGCUGAAUUCUAACAAGGCUUAUGGACAAGCAGUCAGUUCCAAUACACAACAUGGAAGGAAUACUAGCUCUGAGACCCCCCUAUACUCAGAGGUUGAUCCAAUGGCACUAGAAGAGGAGCAUCUAUAUGAGACCAUCUCUGUAUGUGGUGAUGAAUCACUUGACACCAUAGAGCUGCAGUCAAACAAUGCUUAUGGACAAACCCAGACCCAUUUUGAAGUUGAUCCAGCACUACAACAAGAGCUAUGUGUUGAUUUGCAAUCUAACGUGGCAUAUGAGCAGGUUGCUGAGGUUGGCCACUAACUCUCGGCACAAUCCACCACCAUGCAGUUCAUCAACAGAUGUAUAUUAUUAUUACUCGCAAACAAUUAGCUAAGAACAAUGUGUCAUUCCCUAAAUGUAUAAAUUAUAGCCUUCAGCCUGAUAGACACACUUGAUAAAAUAAAAUUUUCCACACACAG